GUUAUAUGUAGUUGCACAUAACAUGUGACUAAAUGUAAAUUUUACUCUAAUAUGAUAUAUGAAAUGUUCAAUCAAAUACUUAUUUCUUUUUAAUCUACUUAUCUUUUGUAUAUAAUUAUCUUAAUAUCUCAAAAAUUAUUAACGUUAUUAAUUGGAAGAUGAAAUACUAAAUAUUAACUAAUAACUAAGAGCAUAUAUAAUUGUAAUGUGUGGAUCAAUUUAUAUGAUUAUAGAUUAUAAAAAUAAGCAAUAAUAUAAAUGUAAUACAUAUUCUGAAUAAUUUUAAUAUCGUAAAAUGGAAAAAUUAGACAUACACAUUUUUCUGGAGCUAAAGUCGUGCUGUGAUAAGCUCAUAAAAAAUCCAAGCAAGGAACAUGCAGAUAGAAUUGCGACAAUGGUCAAUAACAUGUCCAAUGAAAUCAUGCAAAACUUGUCGGAAUAUUGUUUACUUCCAAUUAUUACUUCUUUACAAAACAACAGCUUAAGUAUGAACGUAAAAGAGCAAUUGGUGAAGACUAUGAGAGUUAUAAUACAGAAGAUUAGAAUUACAAAAUUGAAACACUUUUAUGAGAUCUAUGCAUCUUUAUUAAUUCAAAUUUUUGACAAAAACCAGCCAAAUCAAUUAAUUAUGUUUCACGAGGAACUUAAAGAGGCAGUAGCUUUAUGUAUUAAGGAUCUCAUUCACCAAAGUUAUACUGAUGUCAUUGAGCUACUUUAUGCUAAAGAAAAUGUAUUGAAACUUGGUCAAGGAAUAUUAUUAUGCUUAACAAUUGCAAGAACUGAAAAGUCAUUUACCUUAAGAUUAGCAGGAAUAGAUGCAGUAAUGGCCCUGUGUCAUAUAGAUGACAAAACAGAUAAGUCUGAUAUUGUUAUACAAGACCAAAUAGCGGAUAUCAUUAUGGCAUUUUUACCUGGUAUUGUUAGUGGGCUACAGGAAAUAGCAAUGGGAAGUGAAGUCCAAAAUCAUAAGGUUACAAUGAUGGCAGUCAGAGCAUGGGGAAGAGUCAUAUCUCUUGUAAUGCAUGAUAAAGAGGAAGAAGACAUUACAUUAUCUAUAGAAACACUUAUGAAAAAAGACUGCAGUAUGUUUAUUAAUGGAUCGUACACUUUGAAAUGUAAUGAUAAAUGUGAUAUAAAACAUAAUCUAAAAGGAGGCACAAGAAAUAAAGAAUGGUUUGAAGCUGCAGCUAUUAAGCUUGGCGCUUGUAUACAACUUUUGGACAAAAUUAGAAGUCAUUCACAUUAUAAAGUGAGAAGAGAACUGGUAGAAAGUAUCAAUCUUAUACUCGAAAAUUGUUUCAGAAAUAUGAAACCAAAUAUUAUGGUAUUAACAGACUAUUUGAUUUCCUUGUCUGAAGAUGAGUCUAUAGAAGUUAGUGAAAGGGCACACACUGUACUGCGCAGUUUAAGUGAAAAUUACAUGAAAAAUCUCAAUACGAAACCCUUAAUUGAUUCAUUAGAAGAUAAGUUUUAUAAUUUACUUACAAGAUUGCCCACAUUAGUCAGACGAUCAGAUGAUAAUGAACAAUUAGCGUCUUUGAAUCAAUAUGCUGGUUAUUUAAGGCUAUUUGGAAAACAAAGAUUACCUCAUAUUAUGAGAUCAGAACCUCAUAUACGAAGAUUGCUUUUAGCUCUCGUAUACAUUAUGGUGCUAGAUUGCAGUGAUAUAUCUCCUUUGCUAACAAUAAAUAUGAAAGACUUAGAUAAUCCCGCGUAUUAUUAUGGAUCUGAUUCAUGGAAACAAUUUAAAUUUAUCAAGAGCAAUUCAUGUAAAGAGAAGCUUAUUGUAAUAUGCAAGCUGCUUGGGGAAUUUGGAGAUUUUAGAAUAUUAAUUGAUACUAUUCUUGAGCUUAUGUCAGAUAAACAAUACAGAAAAGAACUGAGUUUGCUACUUAACUGGAUCUUAGUUUCUGUUAAAGAUCCAUCUGCUUCACAUUUAUAUAAGGAAAUUGUGAACUUUUAUACAACGCAGGAAAUAUGGUACUUACCUAUAGAAGUAUCUGAAGAUACUACAUUAGUGCAGGCACAGAGUAAUAUAGUACAGUGUUGUCUUUUGAUGGAAGGACUAAGCUGUAUAGCGCAAAAUUUACAAUGUGACUAUGACAGAUAUCUUUUGAAAACUUUAUACAUAAUUAUCGAAAGAGUAGGUAGUAAAAACAGUUUGAUCAGCUAUAUUGGAAUGCGUACUCUUGAAAAUGUCGCAAAAGCACAGCAACAUCAAACGAUCGGCGAUCUGUUACGCGCGAAUGUAGAUUAUUUUUCUUAUCACAUUCUAAUGAAAUUACGCCAAGUAACUCGAAACUCUGGCGUACUCGAUGUUAUCGAAGUUGUAAUGAAAUACAGCAGAUUAGAUUUCUUACCACAUCUGAAGGGAAUUGUGGAGGAUGUGCUCAGGCAAUUAAGUAUGCCUUAUCGUCAAAAAGAUACUUAUUCCUUCUUAAAAAUAUUUCAUACAUUUAUCACAUGCGUAAAAACGUUAAUAAAUUGGGAGAAUACAAAAGGAAUAAUUAAAGAAGAUGCAGCUACAAAUAAUCCUUCGGAAACUAUUAUCCUUUCUUUGUUGGAAUAUUAUAACAAAAAAAUUGAUGAAAGAAUCGAAGAUAAUAUCGAAGAGACAGAUUCGAAUGCAGAUAUAACAAAUGUUGAAGAACUAACAGAAGAAACAAAUUAUUCUGAUCCAAAUGCAGAAGAUGAAAAAGACAAAAAGUUACCAAUCCAUAUAAAGAUAAUUGUAGAAAUUAUGAAACGUUGUUUACAUUUUCUACCUCUGAAAGAUGUACAGAAAUCAUUAAUGGCAAUGCAAACGCUUCAAGAAGGUCUGCCGAUAUUAAUCGAAUGGGAGAAUGAAUUAUUACCUAUUGUACAUCAACUGUGGCAUCCACUAAUCGACAGAUUUAACGAUAAAAACGUUCUUAUGAUUAAUCAUGCGUGGCAACUCUUACAUGUACUCGCCGAAAUAUCAAAUGACUUUAUCAGAAACAGAACUUUACGACAGGUAUUUCCAUGUGUAUUUAAAUUCCUGGCCGAAUCUUCCACAGAAAGCAUCGAUAAAAACUCUAUUAAUAUGUACAAAUUUACACAAACCUACAAAUUACAAUAUGAAUUAUUAUCUACAUUGGGAUUGAUCGCUCGACUCUUGAAACUUCGUGAGCGAGAAUUAUGGGAAAUAUUAAGUAAUACACAAUCGUACCUUAAUGCACGACAACAUCCUAAGUUACAGGCGCGCUGUGUAAAAUUAUACAAAGAUAUUGCCGAUUAUUAUGGAGAUAUUGCAUGGUUGAAGUGUCUCAGUAUCUGGGAUUCAAAAAUUACACGAAUAACAUCUGAUGCAACACUUGACAUAAAUAAUCUGCUGAAUUCAGAUGUCGCUCGAUCAAACGAAUAUUAUAAAAACGUAAACGAAAUCAUUAUAUACAUUCAAAAGAAGGAUAUCCAUUGUUAAAUAAAUGUAUAUAUUAAAAAUAAGAUACAUUAUUUAAGAAGAACUGUAAUAUAUAUAGAAUAUUGAGAUCUUAACAAUGAUAUAAAUACUGGACCAAAACUCUUCAA